AUGGCUGAGCUGCCUUCAUGCUCGGCGUAUUCGUCUAUUUCUGCGAAACAAGUUAAGCUCACAAGUGAGAGAGAGGAUAGUAUGAUCUGGAAAUUUGAUAAAUAUGGUUCUUUUUCGACUAACUCCUUUGUGCAGGUGAUGCAAGCAGAAGUUCUUUCGGAGGACAUCACGAGAUAUAGCUUCACUAGUGCUAUUUGGAGAGGUUUCGUUCCUCCAAAGAUCGAACUGUUUUCUUGGUUUGUGUUGGUCGAAAGGGUGAAUACCAAUGAUAGAUUGUGUAGACUAGGCGUUAUUGAACAAAACGAUAAUAUGUGUGUGUUAUGCUGUAAGUCUGUAGAGUCUGCGUUUCAUUUGUUUAUUGGGUGUGAGUUCACUUGGCAAGUGUGGAGUGCUUGGCUGUUCGCUCUUGGGAGGCUCUGGACAAUGCCAGGUUCACUAAAGGAGCACUUCCAAAGUUGGACGACUGGUUCAGUGAGGAAGGACAAGAAAAAGCGGUGGUUCAUUGAUUUUUUUACAGUUAUAUGA